GCUAUUUAGUCUUGUUUCCUGUACUUGAUAGAUCAGUAGAUGUGAAGUUAAGUUGGCUGGUUAUAUGUGGUUUUGCUUAUUAUAUACGAAUUAAGCACGUAGUUUAGUUAGACAUAUUAAUUAUACUGUGCUUAAGGCUUGAAGAAAAUUUUAACAUAACUUAAGGAUGUCUGUAUGAUUAAUUUGAGGGAUUGCUCGUGGUGUAAAAAGAAAUAUGAGUCAGAUGAACAUCAAUGAUAAUAGAAUAUCUGUUCCUCCAGAGUUAACAGACAUCCUCCUUGAAUUUACAGUCAAUGUUCUCGUGGAAAAACCAAUAGAUAUCCUGAGUUAUGCCGUUAAUUACUUCACAAAACUCCACACAGAAAGACAACGAAAUGGUACAAAAGACGUAGAAUUAGAAUUUGAAAACGAUGCUGUGACUAGCGACGAUGACGAUAUUUUUGAAGAACUACCAAAGCCUCUAAACAGAUUUACUAGGAGAAAGUCAGUUUUUGCUGAACACUAUGACCCUGAAGAAGAUGAGGAUGAUGACAAUAAUAAGGUUAUCUAUCCUAAGUCAGAUGAACAGAGAAAACAGCUGGCUGAAGCAGUUAAAAAUAUUCUUUUAUUCCGCUCAUUGGAUCAGGAACAAGUACAGGAAUUAUUGGAUGCCAUGUUUGAAAAAAAGGUUCAUGGUGGUGAUGUUGUCAUUCGUCAAGGAGAUGAUGGAGAUUAUUUCUACGUUAUACAAAGUGGAACUUAUAACAUCCAUGUAGACACAGAUCAAGAAAAUGAUAAAUUUGUAGGCAAAUAUGAAAAUACUGGAAGUUUUGGUGAACUGGCACUGAUGUAUAAUCAGCCUCGUGCUGCUACAAUUAAGGCUGUAUCUGAGGGAUCUCUCUGGGCAAUGAGUCGACAAGUAUUUAGAAAGAUCGUACUGAAAGGUGCUUUCAAAAAAAGGAAAGAAUACGAAUCACUUCUAGAAGGAGUUCCAAUGUUACAGUCUCUAAAUCUAUUUGAGAGAAUGAACUUGUGUGAUGCUUUGAUGCCAAAAAGCUAUAAGAAUGGAGAAAUUAUAAUCAAACAGGGUGAAGUAGGUGAUGGGAUGUACUUUGUGGAGAAAGGGACUGUCCGAAUAGUUAUGGUUAAUGAGUCUGGAGAAGAAAAAGAAUUAUCAAAGUUGAACAAAGGUCAAUAUUUUGGAGAAUUGGCUCUUGUUACACACAAGCCUCGAGCAGCUUCGGCUUAUGCAGUGGGAGAUGAUGUUAAGUUAGCAUUUUUAGAUGUGCAUGCCUUUGAACGACUACUGGGACCUUGUAUGAACAUCAUGAAGCGAAACAUAAAUGAAUACGAAGAGCAGCUUAUUGAGGUUUUUGGCUCAAAAACAAAUAUAAGUGACCUGCGGUGAAUUGUCUUAUCAAUAUUGUUCUUCCAGUAUAUCUAGAACCCUAGUCACCAAAAAUUCUGUAAGCAAGCUAGCUUAAACUUGCAGAAUAGUUCUCGUACAUGUUUACAGAAACAAUAUUUAUAUUAUUUAGCUUGACACAUCUAUAAGUGCUCUGACUGAUCUGUUGUUUGGUUACACCUAUAAAAAAAAGUCCUUUUUGUAAUGGAACAAAAUGAUCUAUUUACUGAACAACCUUUUUGUUAUUGAAGUAUUUAUAUUGAUUAAGAAAUUGGAAAAAUAAAAGAUAAAAUUUAUUGCAAUAUAUUUCCUUUGUUAAAAAUGUUAAAUUAGGAGUUCUGACAUUUGAAUAUAUAUAUUGUUUGGUUGCAAAAAGUUUAACUGAAACAAAACACUGAUAUCUAGCUUUCUCUGCAUAAUAUAUGAUCUUCAUUAGUUUCCUGUUGAUAGUAUUAAAAAAAUGGCACCUAUAUAUAUAAGUACUCUGACGGAUCUGUCUGCAAUAGUUACUCAUUAUACUUAUAAGAAAAGACACAUCCAUGAGUGACAGAUAUAUUUGUAAUGGUUCUCAGUUAAAUCUGUAAUAAUACAAAUUUCAUAAAUAGUGUGCCUGGUCUGUCUAGAUUGGUCACUCAGUUACACUUAACAAAAAUGCACACAUCCAUAAAUAUUAUGAAUAAUCUGUCUGCAAUGGUUACUCAGUUAUACCUAUUGAAAAAGAUUUGUUUGUAAUGAAACAUAGUGGUAAUUGUACUGAAUAUCUUUGUUGUCGAAGUAUUUAUGUUAAUAAACUUGAAAAAGAGGUUAAAUUACAAUUUCUUUCAUCAAAAAUGUUCCAUUAAAAAUUCUGAUAUUUGAAUAUAUACUGUUUGAUUACUAAACAUUUAUCUGGAACAAAAUGCUGAUAUCUAUCUUUAUUUAUUAUAACAUUGUCAUAAGUUUACUGUUGAUAGUAAUUUUCAUCUAGUUGGACAUAACUUGAAUGAACUAUAAAUCAGUUUGUGUACCUUCCAAUUCUCAGGUUAACUAAGCAUUGCCAAUGUCUUUUUUUUCUUCUUAAAUACAAGUUUAUUUGAAAAUUAAAUAUAUUGAAACCAAUAACUUAAAUUCAAAUACUAAUUUCCAAAAAGUUGUGCUUAGACAUGAUAGUAUGGUAGAAGUUUGUGUGAUUGUAGGUUACUGAUACCUCCUGUCAAUAAUAGCAAGAAGUUAAUUGUUAGUAAAAUCCCUUUGACCCAACAUUAUUAGGAAACAUUAUGGUUCAGUAGGUGUGUAUAUAUACGUAAGGUCAAUCUCUAUGUGCAUGUUACUAAAAUUAGUAUUUUAUUGUAGUCUUUGUAAACUUGUGAUCCUUUAGCUUGACCAUGCUGUAAAAACACUCAUAAAAAUAAUGUGACGUGUGUUGCUGAUGUUUUGUUGUUUCAGCAGAACGUAUGUACAAACACCAAAUAUUGCACUUUGUGUAUUCUUUUACAAACAAAAACUUCCUCCAGCAUUUUCUGUUUGGGUUCCCAUCAUUUUUUGUAGCAGUUUUGGUUUAUGUUGAUUUUAAUAUUGUUUUAAGUUUAUUUAAUCUGCAAUUCUUAAGAAGUCCUAUAGAGCAGCUUCUAAACAUUUUAUUUUCAUAAAUUGUAUCAUUAAAUAUUGUCAUUUAUUUGUGGUAAUCACUUUUCUCAAGAUAUUUUUUUCUUUAAAAACUUGGAGCAUUUUUUCAUGAUAAUAUUAUUGAUGUAGCACAAAUUUGCCCUUUAUCAUGCGUUAUUGUUACAUUUUAAGUUCUUUGUGUUUAUUUUAGUUUAUAUGCUCCUGCACUGACAAGAUUAAUUUGCUGAUUAGCCAAAUGUUAACGUUUUGUUAUUGGUGGCAAUAUUUGGGUGAAAAGAUCUCACCAAAUAUUGGGUUGUAACUUUUUUAUUAUUGAUAUAUUGUUGUUGGAAGGUUGAACAUGUGUAAAUUUUCUGUAAAAAAAUAAAUAAAGUUGGAGUUCUACAGCUUA